AUGUCUGUCACUUUGGGGUAUNAUUUAGGACAAAUUGGAUGGUACCAGCUUUCAAUCGUCCUGAUCAUAGAGACAGGAUGGUGCCUGAACACUGGUAUGGACAUGUUACUCUUGAUGUUUGUUGGAGCCAAUCCCGGCUGGACUUGCCCCGACCCCAGCGCCAUCUACAAUCAGUCUGUGACCAAUUAUUCUACCGGGCUAGUGACCACAGCUACCACACUAUACUAUGUGUAUGAAAAUAGCACAGAGUCUGUCCUGGGAGAUGGGGUUGUUCAAAACGGCUGUGGUGUAGAUAAUAAGAUAUGUCCUGGAUACGUCUUCAAUACAGACUACACCUCCAUAGUCACUGAGUGGCAGUUGGUGUGUGACAUGGAUUACGUAAGUGACACGGUUACCUCGGUGCAAAUGGCCGGCGUUCUUGUUGGAUCUUUGAUAUUUGGACAAGUAUCUGACCUUUUUGGGCGGAAGAAGACAUAUUAUACUGCCUUGCUUCUCGUCUGUGUCCUUGGAUUUGUGCAGUCGCUGACUUUCAGUUGGAUCGUAUUUGCUGUACUGCGCUUCUUUAACGGCGUGGCAAUAGGAGGCGGAAUUGUUGUUGGCUACAUCUGGGGCUUAGAGUUCCUCGGGCCACGAUACCGUCAUUUAACAGGGAUACUCGGAGUGUGGCCCCUGGGCGGCUGUAUAUUGACGGGGAUAGCGUAUGCCACUAGAGACUGGCGGAAGACAAUGUACUGUACCUCACUACCGGGGCUGUUCUGGAUGGCAGCAUACUGGUUUUUACCGGAGAGUCCAAGAUGGCUGCUUUCUCAGCACAAGUACGAGGAGCUGCGAAAAAUAACGCAGUUGAUUGCUUCCAGAAACAAACGUCCAAUGCCAGACUUUGACGACUUUGUUAAACGUUUUGAGGAGCAAUCGUCCUCUUUGGCAGUUCACAAACACGAGAAGUACAACUACUGGGAUCUGUUUAGAACUCCCCAGCUGACGUCACAAACAUUUAAGUUCAUGUUUGUUUGGUUCAGCGUCAGUGUCAUAAGCUAUGGCAUGCGUUUUAACAUCAAGAACAUGGUUGGAGAUAUAUACACAAACACGAUUAUCAACAUGCUUACUCUUUUUAUUAUGUUUUUGUGUCUCUUCCAUUUUCCAAGAAUCAUCGGUAGGAAGAAAGCUGCAAUAUCUUACCAAGUUUGUGGAUUUUUGUUUCUGAUUCCAGUGAUAGUGCUCUACAUCGCCAACUUAAACGAUGAACAGUGGCUGCUUACGAGCAUUGUAAUGACCAUAGCCAAUAAUUUGGUUGGCAUAUCCUGGGGAGCCAUGUUCCUGUGGACAGGAGAGAGUUAUCCAACUUGCAUACGCGACAUAGGGAUGGGUAUGAACUCGAUGGCGGCUCGAAUUGGCGGAAUAUUAGCACCACAAACAGCUUACCUGCAAAAGCAUUGGCCACUUUUCCCGUACGUAAUAAGUGCAGUACUUGUGAUUGUUUCCGCCAUCUUGAAUUGUUUCCAAAAUGAAACAAACGACAAAGCCUUGGCAGACACUCUUCCGAAAAGGACAUGGUGUUUUUGUGGACAAAAUGAGGAAGAGGAGAACCAUGAGGUCGAAGAAAUGGUCAUUAAGACAAGAAAUGGCAAUGUCAGUGACAUUCAAUUCAAUACGUAA